GCAGGACAAAGAAUCUUUGUUUCUGUAACAUGGACGCCAUUAGAAGAAGGAAAAGUCAGAGAACUGGUAACUUUUGUUAUUAAUGGCAUUGUAAAGCAUCAAGCUGUGCUCCUUGGUGCUGCUGAGCAGCCUCUGAAGAAAAAGAAGAGUCUUUGGGAUACCAUAAAAAAGAAACCCUCUUCAGAAACAUCUGCUUCAAUAAAGGUUAAAAAAAAUACUUCAAAAGUUAAAAAUGUUAAUAAAACCUUUGAAGUUUCCCAGGAGGUGGAGAGACUUAGAAACCCACUUCAGCCAUGUGAAAAUCAGAACACGAUGCAAAAUAGUAUACCUUCAGGAAAUGACUCUUUGAUUGGCUCAGAAAAUAAAUUGCCUAUAUCUCCUAUUGCACCAGUACUAGAGCAACAUCACGAUACUGUUCACACACCACUUGCAAUGAGAAGAUCUACUACAUUCUCGGAUAUUGCUGCUGCUGCAAAUGAGGUGUUAUUGCCUGAAAUCAAGAGCUGUAACAUCGAGAAAUUUAUUAAUGAGCACAAUGAAUUAAUAUCGGAAAGUGCAUACAGUUCUACUGGCUUACCACAACUGCAAAUUGCAAACAAUGAAGGAAUUCUUAAUUGCACACUCUCACCUGAUUACACUCUUGAACACUUGGCACCUGUGCCUGUUUUAAGUACAAGAAGAAUUUUAAGUCCAGAUUCUUUUGUAAAUGGCACUUAUCAAGUGGAUCUAGAUAUAACAGCGCAGCCUGUUCCGAUUCUGUCACCUGAUCAAUUUGUGAAAGACAGCUUGUCAGAUAAGCAAUCAAAGACUCCUAAACUUGAGGCACCUUUAAUAUCAUCUGCUACAGAGACUUAUGUUGUAAAGAGAUGCCUACCCUCUAAAUGGAAAAAAAGCAGAGCUGUAGAGACAAAAACACGUGUUUGUAUAGAACACAACUUAAAUGAAGCCUUUGUGAUGCAGAAUGUAGAAUCACAGGUACUUCGUUAUGAUAAACCCAAAGAAAAUCCCUUCAGUUUGCCUUCUACAGAGCAACUUCAGACUCACAAUUCUCAGAGAGAACAACCAAAAAAGCGUCUAGUUCUUUCUGCCACUGUCAUAAAAAAUAAGCCUGAUGCUACUGAAGAAAGAAGAAUGGAAACGCUCCAGCGAAAAUCUAGAAAAUGCCUUAGUAAAGCAAUAAUGGAAUGUGCCAAUGGGGGGCCUGUACGUACAAAAGCAGAAAUAUCUAAACGCCUUCCAGUUAUAGGUCCCGUUUCAGCUGAGAAUAAGUGUCACCAUGACAAAGUGAAUGCAUCACCUCCUGGAUCAACUUCUCUGUGUCGUAAGAGGAAAAGUGAAAUGUACGUAGAAAAUAGCAGAGCUACACCUGCAGCGCAUGUGGAAGAAGUGGAAAGAAAAAGAACUCUUACAUCUAGCAUGGAGAGUAAAACGUAUCCUCCUAUGAGGCCAUCAGCCUUCAAACCCACAAACCGAGAGAGAGUAGGGCAGAGAAAGAAAGCUGGUUUUUCACUUCAGAAAGCAUCUAAAACUACCAACAGAAUUAGUAAACCUGUCCCUGGAUUGGCCCAGUCUCACCUGACGUUUGUGAAACCACUGAAAACAGUCAUCCCUAGGCACCCAAUGCCUUUUGCUGCUAACAACAUGUUUUAUGAUGAACGUUGGAUGGAGAAGCAGCAACGAGGUUUCACCUGGUGGUUAAAUUUUGUACUUACCCCUGAUGACUUCAGUGUAAAAACAAACACAUCACAAAUAAAUGCAGCUGCCCUUAUCUUGGGAGAAGAGAACCAUCAUAAAACCAGUGUUCCUAAAGCACCAACGAAAGAUGAAGCAUCUCUAAAAGCUUAUACGGCUCAUCGUAAGCUGAAUAAAUUACGACGUGAUGCUUGCCGUUUAUUUACAUCUGAAACAAUGGUUAAAGCUAUUAAGAAGCUGGAAGUUGAGAUUGAAACUAGACGUUUGCUAGUUCGCAGAGACAGACACCUCUGGAAAGAUGUAGGAGAAAGGCAGAAAGUCCUAAACUGGCUUUUAUCUUACAACCCAUUGUGGCUGCGGAUAGGCCUGGAGGCUGUUUAUGGAGAACUGAUAGCUUUGGAGAGUAAUAGCGAUGUUGUGGGUUUAGCAAUAUUUAUUCUUAAUCGCUUGCUUUGGAACCCUGACAUUGCAGCUGAAUACAGACAUCCCACUGUGCCUCACCUCUACCGAGAAGGUCAUGAAGAAGCUUUGUCAAAAUUCACACUGAAAAAAUUACUGUUGUUAGUUUGCUUUCUGGACAGUGCCAAACGGUCUAGAAUGAUUGAACAUGACCCUUGCCUCUUUUGUAAGGAUGCAGAAUUCAAGUCUAGCAAAGACCUUCUGCUUGCAUUUUCUCGGGACUUCCUGAGUGGUGAAGGUGACCUUUCCCGCCAUCUGGGUUUCUUAGGACUACCUGUCAGUCAUAUUCAAACUCCACUCGAUGAAUUUGAUUUUGCCGUAACAAAUCUGGCUGUGGACCUACAAUGUGGCAUUCGUCUUGUGAGAACAAUGGAACUUCUCACUAAGAACUGGAAUCUUUCAAAACAACUGAGAGUUCCGGCAAUAAGUCGUCUACAGAAGAUGCAUAAUGUUGACAUUGUUCUUAAUGUCCUUAAAGAGCGAGGAAUUCACUUGAAAGAUGAAAGUGGUGCUUCAAUUGACUCCAGGGAUAUUGUGGAUAGACACAGAGAACGAACAUUAGCACUCCUGUGGAAAAUUGUCUUUGCCUUCCAGGUGGAAGUUUUUUUUAAUGUGGAACAGUUAAAAGAAGAAAUUGAGUUUUUAAAGAAUACACACAAAAGAAAAACACAAUUGGGGUCUCUCAAGACUUUUCCAAAUUGUUGUAGAGUACAAGAAGAUAAUAGUAGUAACUCCUCACCUCAGUGUUACAGUGAAAAUGUGAAGCUGCUGAUGGCAUGGGUUAAUGCUGUUUGUGGAUUUUACAAUAUCAAGGUGGAAAAUUUCACAGUGUGUUUCUCCGAUGGUAGAGUAUUAUGUCAUUUGAUUCAUCAUUAUCACCCAUGUUAUGUGCCUUUGGAAGCUGUGUGCCAACGUACAACCCAAACAGUAGAAUGCUCAAGAACUCAUACGGUGGGGCUAAACUCUUCUUCCUCAUCCUCUGCAGAGUCUGACACUUCUCUAAAUAUUAUGGAAGGACAGUGUGACCAAAACCUAUACAAGGAACUCUUGGACAAUGAAAGGAAAAACUUCCAGCUCAUUAGUGCUGCAGUUUCUGACCUAGGUGGAAUACCAGCAAUGAUUCAUCACUCAGACAUGUCAAAUACAAUUCCUGAUGAGAAGGUUGUUAUUACCUACCUGUCAUUCCUGUGUUCACGGCUUCUAGAUCUACGUCAAGAAACUCGAGCUGCUCGAUUAAUUCAGUCUGCUUGGAGGAAUUACAGGCUGAAAAGGGAACUGAAACUUUCUCAGGAGAGAGACAGAGCUGCUCGGAUAAUUCAGAAAUCUGCAAUGAACUUCUUGUCUCGUCGACGCAUCCUGAAGAAAGUGAAUGCAGCAGUUUUCAUCCAGAAGUACUGGAGAAGAUACUUAGCCAGGAUGGUUUUCUUAAAUCUGAAAAAGACAAAACUGGAGGAAGCCAAAAAUAAAUCUGCCACAGCCAUUCAGGCUUAUUGGAGGAGAUACUCUGCUAGGAAAAGAUAUUUACAACUAAGAUACUAUGUUAUCUUUGUACAAGCAAGGAUAAGGAUGGUGAAGACUGUUGCUGCAUAUAAACGAAUCAUUUGGGCUACUGUUACAAUUCAGAGACAUCUGCGUGCAUCUAAGUUGGCAAAAAAAGAUCGGCAAAGAUAUGAAACCUUAAAGUCUUCAGCACUUACUAUUCAGUCUGCAUUCAGAAGAUGGCAAAAAUACAAAAUUCAGCAGAAAAUUAAUGCAACAUUAGUGCUUCAGGCUUAUUUCCGAAAAUGGCAAUCUUCCAAACUGGCUAAAAGAAAGAGGGCUGCCCUUAUCAUACAGUCUUGGUAUAGGAUGCACAGAGAUCUGAAGCAGUAUCUGCGUAUUAAGCAAAGUGUUAUCAAGAUUCAAGCUUGGUACAGGUGUCAGGUGGCUAGACGUAUUUACCAGGAUCACAGGGUAAAAAUAGUGACAAUUCAGCAGUAUUACAGAGCUUAUAAACUAGGAAAAAUGGAAAGAGAGUACUAUUUGCAAAAGCGUGCAGCAGUGAUAGUUCUCCAAGCUGCUUUUAGAGGCAUGAAGGCACGUAAGAUAUACAGACAAACAAAAGCAGCUUGUGUUGUUCAAUCACUCUGGAGAAUGAAGAAAGAGAAACAAAGAUUUCUACAAUUAAAAAAAUCUGUUACUACAUUGCAAUCACAUGUGAGAAAAUACCAACAAGUGAAAAGAUACAAAGAGAUGAAAAAUGCUGCUUCUGUAAUUCAGACUUGGUAUAGGGCACACAUGGCUUCUAAAAAAGCAGCUGCUUCUUUCCAGAGGAUGCGUCUGGCUGCUGUUGCUCUACAGUCUGCCUACAGAGGAAUGAAAGCUAGGAAAGAGGCUCGCAUUUUGAGAUCCGUGAUAAAAAUUCAGUCGAGUUACCGUGCUUACGUUAUCCGGAAGAGAUUUAAAAACUUGAAAGAUGCAACAGUGAAGAUUCAAGCUUUUGUAAAGAUGAGGCAAGCACGUAAGCAUUAUUGUGCAUUAAGGGAGGCAACACUUUAUGUCCAGCGAAGGUAUCGGUCUCACAGAUACGCUCUUCAACUUAAGGAAGGUUAUAGGAAAUUGAAGGAAGCUUGCGUAAGAAUUCAAGCUGUAGUUCGAGGCUAUCUUGUCAGGAAACAAAUACAAAGGUGGAGGGAGACUGCAAUAUUUCUCCAGGCAUGCUACAGAAUGAGAAGGGAGAGGCAAUGUUAUUUAAGCAUCUAUAAUGCUGUUGUUGUCAUUCAAAAACAUUAUCGUGCAUUCAAAAAGCAACGGUGUCAGAGGCAGAAGUUCUUACAAGUUAAAAAAGCAGCUGUGUGCUUACAGGCAGCCUACAGAGGUUAUAAAGAACGUAAAAAGCUUAAACUUGAAUAUAGAGCUGCUGUUAGAAUUCAGACUGCUUUUAGAGCUCAUGCUGCAAGAGUGAAAUAUAAGGCAAUGGUUCAGGCCUCCAUUGUGAUUCAGAGGUGGUACAGAACUUCUAAGACUGGUAACAGGCAAAGACUGAACUUCUUAACGACAAGAGCAGCAGUGCUUUCUUUACAAGCAGCUUUUCGUGGCUGGAAGGUACGAAAGCAGAUUCAAAGACAAUGUGUUGCUGCUACUAAGAUACAGUCUGCCUUCAGAAACUUCAGGCUUAGGAACCAUGCUGCACUAACUAUCCAAAAGCAUUACAGAGCCAGUGUCAUAGGCCGGAAACAACGGCAAGAAUAUGUUCAGCUGCGUAACUCUGUAGUGCGUGUUCAGGCAAUAUGGAGGGGGAAAACUGUGAGAAAAACCAUUCAAAAGAAACAUAAACUUGCAACCAUUAUUCAGUCCUAUUACAGAAUGCACGUAAAUCAACUAAAAUACAAGAAACUAAGACAAGCCACUCUAGUGAUUCAGAAAUACUUCAGGGCUUACUGUAUGAAAAAAAAUCAACGUGCAAUUUAUCUAAAAGUAAAGACAGCUGUGUUAGUCUUGCAGUCUGCUUACCGUGGGAUGACUGUGAGGAAACGAUUGAGCAAACUACACAAAGCUGCUACAACUAUACAAGCCGCCUUCAAAUCUUACCUGACCAAAAAGAACUAUAAAAGACUUAAAGCUGCAGCUAUAGUAGUUCAAAGGCGUUAUUGUGCAAUUAUUCAUGCCAAGCGUCAAAAGCAGAAAUAUUUGUCUUUAAAAAAAACCACAGUAACAAUGCAAGCAAUUUAUAGAGGUGUCAGAGUUAGACGACAAAUUCACCGUAUGCAUCAAGCAGCUAUUUGUAUCCAAGCCACGUUCAAGAUGCAUUGCAUGAACGCAAAAUAUCGGGCAAUGAGAAGGGCAGCAAUUAUAAUUCAAAGACAAUAUAGAGCAUUUUGUUUAGGCAAAGUACAACGUAGAAAGUACUUGGAGCUAAAGAAGUCUGCCAUUAUCCUUCAGGCUGCCUGUAGAGGCAUGAAGGUACGACAAGAUUUAAAAACUAUGCAUCAGUCAGCAGCAAUAAUACAGUCUUAUUAUCGAAUGCACAAACAACAGAGGGAUUUCAGGAAGUUGUUGCUGGCAACUAGGCAGAUUCAGCAGUGGUUCCGUGCUUGUAAGGCACGAGAUACACAAGUUCACCACUAUAUGAUCAUGAAAAGUUCUGCACUUUGUAUCCAGGCUGCAUUCCGUGGUAUGAAAACAAGAAGGCUUCUAAGAAAUAGGAGAGAAUCAGCUGAACUUAUUCAAAGAAGAUUUAGGACUUUUCUCAAAAGAAAACAUUUUCUUGCCAUGAGGACAGCUGCUAUUGUUAUUCAGAGAAAAUACAGAGCAACAAAACUAGCAAAAAUUCAGCGUCAAAAAUAUCUCUCUCUCCUUAAUGCUGCUGUUAUCAUACAGUCUGCUUUUAGAGGCUUUGUGCUAAGAAAAAAAAUCCAGCGGAUGCAUCAAGCUGCUACAGUCAUUCAAGCAACGAUAAGAAUGCAUAAAAUUUAUGUUUCUUAUCAAGCGGUCAGGCUUGCUUCAGUAAUCAUACAGCAACGUUAUCGUGCUUACAGGGAAGGGAAGCGUGUGAGAGAAAUAUACUUAAAACUGUACAAUUCUGUUUUAGUUCUUCAGGCCGCCUAUAGAGGAAUGAAAACAAGAUGCUUCUUGAAGAAAAGAUGUGAGGCAGCACUUAUAAUACAGAGAAACUACCGAAUGUAUAGGGAGUACCACCGUUACAGAAAAGUUCGGUGGGCAGCCCAGGUAAUACAGAGGAGAUACAGGGCCAAUAACCUAAAGAAAAUCGCAGUGCAGCAUUACUCUUCGUUAAAGAAAGCAGCAGCUCGUAUUCAGAAGGCUUUUCGAGACAUGCGGGCAAGGAAGCAACAUCAAGCCAUGCACCGUGCUGCUGUUGUUGUUCAGAAAAAUUUUAAAGCUUUUAGAGAACGUCAAAGAUAUCUCUCUCUCAGAGCGGCUACUCUUGUCUUUCAGAGAAGAUACAGAGCUUUGAUCCUGUCAAGACAGCACACUUUGGAGUAUCUUUCUCUUCGCAGAGCAACUAUUCGUAUACAGGCUGUGUACAGAGGUCUCAGAGUUCGGAAGAGUAUUGAGCGCAUGCAUUUAGCUGCUCGUACGAUACAGUCAGCCUACAAAAUGCACAGGAAUAGAAGGUCCUAUCAAAAUAUGAGAAUUGCAGCUGUUGUCAUACAGAACUACUAUCGAUCCUACAUUAAAGGAAAGAAUCAACGAAACCAAUAUCUGACAAUGAAGAAUUCUGCUCUUGUUAUUCAAGCGUCAUACAGAGGCAUGAAGGAACGACAGAAGCUGAAAACCAUGCGUGUUUCAAAAGCAGCAGCAAUAAUGAUCCAGUCUAUGUUCCGAUGCCAAAGAGCAAGGAGUCGCUAUAAAUUGAUUCAGAGUUCAGCAGUUGCUAUUCAGAGGUGGUACAGAGCAUGGCACAAGGUUCGUUUACAGAAAGCAGAGUAUUCUGCUCAAAGAAAAGCGAUAGUAAUUAUUCAGUCUGCCUUCCGUGGUAUGAAAGCAAGAAAAAUAGCAAGACAAAUACGAGCUGCAAGAAGAAUUCAGUCCUGUCUUAAGAUGGCUGUGCAGCGUAGAAAAUUUAUUCAACUUAGAACAGCAGCUAUUACAUUACAAGCCUAUUACUUAAUGCAUAAAACUAAAUCACAGUAUACAAACUAUAAAAAAGCAGCAGUUAUCUUACAACGAUGCUACCGAUCCCGCUUGGCUAUGAAAUACCAAAGAACAAUUUACUUACAAACCCGGAGGAACAUUAUCAUUGUGCAGGCUAGAGUCAGAGGAUUCAUUGAAAAGAAGAGGUUUCGCAAAAUUAAAGCGAGCGCAAUAAAAAUUCAGGCAUCAUAUAGAGGAUAUAAAGCCAGGCAGUGGGUUAAAAAAUUGAGAGCAGCACAAGUAAUUCAAGCUUGGUUUCGAGGCUGCAGGGCACGAAAGGACUGUGCGUCUGUACUAAAUGCUGUAUGUGUUAUUCAGAGUCACUUCAGAGCAAAACAGCAGCGGACCCGAUUUUUGAAAAUGAAGUUCUGUGCACUUACCAUUCAAAGAAAAUGGAGAGCAACCCUUACUGCACGAAUGGUUCAACAUCAGUUUCUGGCAACUAAGGAUCUUCAAGCUGCAUGUUUGAUCCAAAAAGCAUACGGAGGUUUCAAGGCAAGAAGGAAACUUUUUCAACAAAAAGCUGCUGCUGUAAUUAUCCAAAAACAUCUAAGGACUUGGCAGGAAGGCAGACUUCAAUUUAUGAAAUACAACAAAACUAGAAGAGUUGUCAUUAAGCUGCAAGCAUUUAUACGGGGUUAUUUAAUCAGGAAAUAGUUGAUUUUAGAACAGAAACAAAAGAAGAGACUACUUUAUUUUACAGCAGCUGCUUAUCAUCAUCUCUCUGCAAUUAAAAUCCAAAGAGCCUAUAGGAUUCACCUCAUCUUAAAACUUGCACAAAAGCAGAUCUCAUCUGUUCUUAUAAUACAGAGAUGGUUCCGAGCAAAAAUGCAACGAAAAAGAUUUCUCAGAGAUUAUCAAAGAAUCAUUCAAUUACAACGUGUGAUUCGAGCCUGGCUAAAUCACAGAAAUGAUGCAGCAACCGUAAUCCAACGCAAUGUACGAAGAUUCCUUGCAUGCAGACAUAGGGGAAAAUUUGCAGUUGGAAUAAUUAAAUUUCAGGCAUUGUGGAGAGGAUAUUCUUGGAGAAAGAGUAAUGACACAGCAAAAACUAAAGCUUUAAGACACAGUUUAGAAAAAGCUAAUAAAAAGAGCAGAGAAGAAAACAAAUUGUGCAACAGAACAGCAAUUGCUAUUGAAUACCUUCUAAAAUACAAACAUCUCUCUUAUAUUCUUGCAGCAUUAAAGCAUCUUGAGGUGGCUACCAGGCUGUCCCCACUUUGUUGUGAAAAUAUGGCCCAGAGCAGAGCAAUCUCCACUAUUUUUGUUCUGAUACGAAGUUGCAACCGGAGUGUUCCAUGCAUGGAUGUGAUCAGAUAUUCAAUUCAGGUUCUACUUAAUGUUUCAAAGUAUGAAAGAACUACUCAAGCAGUUUAUGAAGUAGAAAAUUCUAUAGAUACUUUACUAGACCUACUGCAAAUGUACAGAGGGAAAGCUGGGGACAAAAUUUCAGAGAAAGGAGGAAGCAUUUUCACAAAGACCUGUUGUUUGUUGGCUAUCCUUUCAAAGGACUCAAAAAGAGCUUUGGAAAUCCGAAGCAUACCAAGAGCUGUUACUUGCAUUCAAAGCCUAUAUAAACUUACAGCUCGGAAACACAAAAUGGAUGCAGAGAGAACACUUGUGAAGCAGAAAACAAACACUUUCUUAAAUGGAAUUUCCUUUGUUCCAGUAACUCCUCUAAGAAUAAAAACAGUUUCAAGAAUUAAACCAGACUGGGUUUUGAGGAAAGAUAACAUGCAAGAAAUUGUGGAUCCUCUGCAAGCAAUUCAGAUGGUGAUGGAUACACUUGGUAUUGCCUGCUACUGAGCUGUAAAUUGUGUACAUGAAAAGGUUUUUGUAUAGCAUGUAUGUAGUAGACAGUUAAAUGAUUUUGAAAUAAAGCAAAUAAGUGUCA